AUGAAUGGUUGCUGGAAAGUGAUUUUAUUAUUUGGAAUAAUCAGAGGACAAGUUGUGGAAUUGGAUACGAAGGGUAUCAAAAUCGGUACCAUAGAUGGAAUAGAAGUUAUAAAGGACAACAUUGAUUUAAAUGGAGUAGAAAAUUCUAUUAGAAAUGAAAAUGUCGGUUUUAUUUCUCUAGCAAAAGCUGAUAGAAAAGAUAAACGACCAGCAGAAUGGACACGGCGAUGUGGUGAUGAUCAGUCAUAUUAUUUUGAGCCACUCAACGAAUGCUAUCUUAUUAAUCUCGCCGAAUUUUUAAACAUUGAUCCAGAUCGUAGGAUUGCAUAUGGUAGUACUCGUAGCGAAUAUAUAUUCAACUGCUGGCAACAAUAUCGAGGCAAACUGCUUGAUAUCGGACUGGAAUAUAUUGGUGAGAAAAUGAAUUUCGUGAAAGAGAUGAUAAAAAAUUUUGUUCAACGAUCAUUUAAUCGACAAGCAAUCCAAGUUGGCUUCAUGACAAAUCGAAAAUACGAAUUAAUCUCACAAAAUGGAGAGCAUUAUGAUGUGUUAGAUAAAGUGUACGUGAAACAUUCAUAUCGAAAUAACAGUGUUUCCUGUCCCAGUGUAUGCUGCGUCGUAUUUUUUGUUGAUACACGAGUAACAGUUGACGUGAAAAUGGUGUAUACAAGUUGUGAUAAUCGUACACGAGCAUUGAGUUACAUUUGCGAAGCUCCUGCACUUAUAUAA